CCCCCAUCUUUGUGUAGUAGACCCAGUGCCAGUGCCGGUCGCCGGACUCUCUCAACAAGGCACUUCGAGGCUACGGGGCACUUCACUAUCUCAUUCCUUUCUAUUAUUCUUUGAUCAGAUACUCGAGGAUUCCUUCGGUGACCUCUGUUUAAUCGAGCGCACUCGGAGCGUCACACCGUCUGCUUCUCAUUCAAUCCUGCGACACCGUUAUCUGCGAUUCUUUAGGUACUUAAUGGACCAGUCCACUUUCAAGGCCUCAUGAAGUUGCUCGGCUGUUUUGCCGCACUAAUUACUUGCUCGCGGUCAACACUCUCUGCCUGUCGAGGCAGGUGGGCGUCGACCGGUGAUGUCCUCGACCAUGGACGCCUCUCAGAAGAUCGACCUCUAUGCCGCGAGGCUCAGUGACCCCAAGAUCGACACACGGACGAAGUCAAACAUAGCCACAGAACUUCGCGACUCGACCGAAAACCUCUGCUCGGUGUCGGCAACCUACACCAAGUUUCUCACAAAACUAUGGCCAGUGUUCAAGAAGAUUCUUGAAGGGAAGCCCGAUUUCAAUCCUGCCUCAUUCGAACAUGUCCUGCGAAAUCAAAUAUUGGAGAUCCUUCACAGAUUACAACAUGGAUCCGCUGAGUUCGAGCCCUAUGCGCUGGACAUUGUUGAGACGCUCAUGGAGCUGGUCCGGGUGGAGAACGAGGACAACGCUGUUCUCUGCUUGAAGACAAUCAUGGAUAUCGAGCGACACCAGCCGACCGCAACGGCUUCGAAAGUCCAACCUUUCCUUGACCUCAUCCAGGAGAUGUUUGAGUUGAUGGAACAGGUCGUUCGCGAAACCUUUGACUCGCCUGUAUCUCAUCAUCAAGCGACGUCGUCCACGCCACAUGCCGCAAGCCAAACUUUCCAGUCUCCCCGGCCGGGCUCUCCUGCUACAACGGUUUCCGAUCCCGGAACUGAGAAGAGAGAGCACACACCGCUGGCCAAAGGCAUGCAUUCUUUCAAGGUUCUCUCGGAAUGCCCCAUAAUCGUCGUUUCCAUCUUUCAAGCACAUCGUAACACGGUGUCUGCGAACGUCAAAAAAUUCGUGCCGUCGAUCAAAGGGAUACUGCUUUUACAGGCGAAAGCGCAAGAAAAGGCGCAUGCUGAGGCUGCAGCGAACAAAACCGUUUUUACUGGUGUCAGCAAAGAAAUCAAGAACCGAGCCGCGUUUGGGGACUUUAUUACUGCGCAGGUCAAAACCAUGAGCUUCUUAGCCUACCUCCUACGAGUCUAUGCCAACCAGUUGACGGACUUUUUGCCAACAUUGCCGACCGUGGUCGUCCGACUGCUGAAAGAUUGUCCACGAGAGAAGUCCGGUGCUCGCAAGGAGCUGCUUGUUGCAAUUCGCCACAUCAUCAAUUUCAACUAUCGCAAGAUCUUUUUGAACAAGAUCGAUGAGCUGCUGGAUGAACGCAUCCUGAUCGGAGAUGGGUUGACAGUGUAUGAGACCAUGCGGCCGCUCGCUUACAGUAUGCUUGCCGAUUUGAUCCACCAUGUUCGCGAUUCACUGGAUCGCAAUCAGAUCCGCCGGACGAUCGAGGUCUACACGAAGAAUCUCCAUGACAACUUCCCUGGAACCAGUUUCCAGACCAUGAGUGCCAAAUUGCUGCUGAACAUGGCCGAAAGCAUCACUAAGCUCGAAAACAAAGAAGAGGCGAGGUAUUUCUUGAUCAUGAUACUCGAUGCGAUAGGCGACAAGUUUGCGGCCAUGAACUACCAAUACAACAAUGCGGUCAAGCUCAGCAAGCAGUAUGCAGAUAAGACCAAGGAGAACACGACCGAGUCGUACAUGGACGACAAAGAGCAAAUACCGGAUUGGGAUGAAGUGGACAUAUUCAACGCAACACCGAUCAAGACAUCUAAUCCACGUGAACGAGGAGCAGAUCCAGUGGGCGACAACAAGUUCUUGUUCAAGAACCUCGUUAAUGGCCUCAAGAACAUGUUCUACCAACUGAAGACAUGUAAUCCCCCGGGUUUGGCCCUUGACCAAGCUAGCGCGCCGAUGAACUGGUCUGAAGUUUCCUUUGGCUACAAUGCCGAAGAGACUCGUGUCAUAACCAAGCUUUUCCAUGAGGGUGCUCGCGUCUUCCGGUAUUACAGUGCCGAAACCCCUGUGCCCGAUCUCCAAUACUCUUCUCCCGUGGAAUUCAUGGCAAGCCACUCAAUGGCGCAGAUGACGCGAGACGAGAAGGAGCUCCUAGAAAGCUUUGGGACUGUCUUCCACUACAUCGAUCCUGCUACGUUCCACGAAGUUUUCCAGGCCGAGAUACCUUAUCUGCACGAACUCAUGUUUGAACACACGGCACUUCUCCAUCUUCCUCAAUUCUUUCUGGCGAGCGAAGCAACAUCGCCUGCAUUUGCAGGAAUGGUCCUCCAAUACCUCAUGAACAAGCUACCAGAAGUCGGGUCAUCGGACAUCGUCCGCUCAUCAAUCCUCUUGAGGAUGUUCAAGCUCUCCUUCAUGGCCGUUACCCUCUUCUCCGCCCAUAAUGAACAAGUCCUGCUUCCGCAUAUCACAAAGAUCAUCACGCAAUGUGUCCAACUGUCUGUCACCGCGGAGAAACCGAUACAUUACUUCAUUCUGCUUCGGUCUCUAUUUCGAAGUAUCGGUGGCGGACGCUUUGAGCUUCUCUACAAGGAAAUUCUACCCCUACUGGAGAUGCUGCUCGAAACUUUCAACCAUUUGCUGCAGGGGGCGCGAGAUCCGCACGACCGCGAUUUGUAUGUGGAGCUGACUUUGACCGUUCCCGCUAGGCUGAGCCACCUCUUGCCACAUCUGAACCAUCUCAUGCGUCCGUUAGUGGUUGCCUUGAGGGCAGGCCCAGACCUCGUUGGUCAAGGUUUGAGGACCUUGGAGCUCUGUGUGGACAAUCUGACGGCGGACUACCUGGACCCUAUUAUGGCGCCGAUCAUGGAUGACCUGAUGACUGCUCUAUUCGAGCACCUCAAACCACAGCCGUAUCAACAUUUUCAUUCGCAUACCACCAUGAGGAUCCUGGGCAAGCUUGGUGGACGCAACCGCAAAUAUCUGAACCAUCCACACCAAUUGACAUAUCGUCGUCAUACCGACGACGAGCCCAGCUUCGAUAUCCGCCUCGUUGACACCAUCCGCGAUCGAGCUUUCCCUCUUGACACAGGGGUUGACUUGGCCAUUCGCAAACUGGGUGAAACUACGAAGAACCCGAAAUGCAAGGCCCUGGAUGCAUAUUACAAACAGCAGUCGUUCAAACUCAUUACGACCCAAGUGAAACUGCUUAUUGGUUAUGAUCACAUACCGGAUGAUCUGUCUGCGCUCCUUCGACUUCAGGCGAAUGACCUUCUUGCUCGGCGAUUCACGACUUAUGCAGACAUGCUCGCCGACAAUGAAUUGAGCAAAUCAGUACUGAAGCGGAGAGAGCAAGAAGAGACCCUGAAGAAGUUGCUAAAGGCGUGCUUUACGGCAACAACUGUGCAGGAUCUAAAACCUCAAGCCGAGGCGUUCAUCCAGAACAUUGCUCGUCAUUUCACCAUCGUUGAGCUCGGGCAGGCUUUGUGUGACGCCGGCCGAAGAACGAAGGAGUUUGAUGUCAACCUCGGUGAGGGCGCUGUUCACCUGAGCACUAAGGUCCUUGCCGACGUGAUUUGCUAUUGCCUGGCUUCGGAUAAUAUCGUCAUUCGAGAAGCGGCAGAAGCUGCAAUCGUUGCAACUGUCGAUGCUGCUCGUACCAUCUUCGGCGGCGAGGAAAAGGCCGCUCGACUUCCCUUUUUCUCUCAUCUCAUUCAGACGUUUUGCCACAGAUGUCGCGAGGUCGAGUGGUUUACCAAAGCUGGCGCCACUCUGGGCAUACAGAUUGUGAUUACGAAGCUUGACUUAGGAAUUGCUUUUCUCAGCAGUAAACAGCUCGAAAUCAUUAAGGCUUUGCUGUUCGUCAUCAAGGACACGCCACAGGAGGUUCCAGCAAGCACACGCAUUACUGCGCAAGACACGCUCGAGUUCAUUCUUCGUAAAGUCUGCGUGGGGCAGACCCGAGAAAUGCUUGCCAAUGACAAAAGCACCAUCCACGCCCUUUCAAUCACAUUCUGUGUCGAGCUUUGUCACAUGAACAAGCAUACACGCGAUACGGCGCAACGUGCAUUCUCGGUCAUGGCGGAAGUGGUAGGUGUCGAGGUGCACGAAUUGAUCGCUCCGGUCAAGGAACGGCUUCUUCAGCCCAUCUUCAACAAGCCGUUGAGGGCCCUGCCGUUUCUCUCACAGACCGGUUUCAUUGAUGCAAUCACAUAUUGCUUGAGCCUGGGACACGACCUCGUCCCGUUGAAUGACCAAUUGAACAGGUUGAUGAUGGAAUCCCUUGCCCUUGCGGAUGCCGAUGCCGAGAUUCUGCAUCCGAGACCUGACGAGUACAACAAUGCACAGCUUAUUGUCAAUCUCCGGGUCUCGUGCCUUCGGCUACUUUCGCUCGCCAUGAGCCUACCAGACUUUGCCACAGGACCUCAGAAUACGAGCCGUGCGCGCAUCAUCACUGUUUUCUUCAAGUUACUCUAUUCAAAGUCGCCUGAAAUCAUCGAAGCUGCCAAUGCAGGUUUGAAGGAGGUUCUAGUCCAAACCACAAAACUGCCCAAGGAUUUGCUCCAAAACGGUCUUAGGCCGAUUCUGAUGAACCUUCAAGACUCAAAGAGACUCACUGUCGCCGGUCUGGAAGGUCUUGCAAGGUUGUUGACGCUGCUUACCAACUACUUCAAGGUGGAGAUCGGAGGUCGGUUGCUUGAACAUAUGAGGGCAAUCGCCGACGACCAGCUGCUUCAGAGAGUCUCUUUCACUCUCAUCGAGCAGAAUCCCCAGAUGAAGAUCGUUACGGCUAUCGUUAAUAUCUUCCAUCUCCUUCCCCCAGCAGCCACCAGCUUUAUGCCCGAUCUCAUCAACAACGUCCUGGACCUGGAGACAAAGCUGCGCCGUACCGUGGCAAGCCCUUUCCGUCAUCCCUUGAUACUAUACCUCGACAAAUACCCUCAGGAGACAUGUUCCUUUUUCCAGUCACGGCUUCAAGACGAGAAGUACGGCCGAUUUUUUGGGCAACUUCUGGCCUCCCCUUCUAGUCCGAGUUUACGCGACGCCGUGAUGAAGAAUACUGAAGCCCUGGUCAAGGCUGCGUUUGAGGUUGAGAAAGGCCCAGAACGACAAACUGCGGCGAUCAAUGGUAUUUAUGUUGUACACUCCGUUUGCCAAUUUGAUGCGGCCAAGGAUUGGCUGCGUGGACAAGAGCAGCUUCGAGUGAAGGUUUUGGGAGCUGGCAGAGAACUGGAGCAACAGCUUCGGGGAGACUUAUUACAGCCUUCGCAGAGACUCCGUGCCGAACAAGCUGGGGAUCAUUUGAUGGAUAUUUUGACCCAUUAUCUUGCCUCUGCUCUCGAGGACCUCGACUUCAUGAUGGAGGUCUUUUCUUCGUCAGCCCAAGGGCAGAUCAAGACUCCUUUGAAAUUGACCAAGUUCUUAUUCGACUCCAUCAUCACCGACAAAUCGACAACUCGCCGAUUUAAUAUCGUGGAAAAGUGUCUCGAAAUAUACUCCCAUAAGACAGAACCGCACAAGGUCAAAACCUUUCUCUUGCACGACGUUGUCAACCCAAUCAUGGCCAGGGACGUCCAAAACACGCGGCGUGGCGAUAACGAGGCUGCUCCUCUGGCCGACCACAAGCUGUUCAAUCUCUUCUUGGAGCGGCUCUGGAAACCAGCAGCACCCGAUGCCAGUGAAGAUUUGUCACAGCCUGGAAUCGACCAUUCGCGUAUGGAGGCACUGCAGCUUUCGGCCUUUGUGCUCAAAUACCACAAAGAUGCUGUCUCGGAAGAUCGCAAAGAAAUCAUCAAGUACUCGUGGGGUCACAUCAGAUUGGAAGACGUGAUCACUAAAUAUGCCGCGUAUGUCCUGAUCUGCUAUUUCAUCCGGUCCUACGACACACCGCCCAAAAUCGCCGUCCAGAUUUAUAACCAACUUCUGAAGGCGCAUCAAAAUGAGGGCAAGGCUCUGGUCACGCAGGCACUGGAAGUUCUGGCUCCCGUUCUCCCGGCCCGAAUGGGUGGCACGUCCAAUGCUCCAGGUGAUAAGAGAUCCUCUUCGCAUUGGGCUCGCCUUCCCCGAAAGAUACUCAACGAAGAGACAGGCAACUUACAGCAAGUUCAAAGCAUCUUCAAUUUUAUCGUGCGUCAACCUGAUCUCUUCUACGACUCCCGAGAGUUUUUCGUUUCUACGAUCAUUCAGAUGCUUCAUAAAAUCGCCCCGCCGCCGAACACCUCCAAUGAAAACAAGAAGCUUGCUCUAGCUCUGAUCUCGCUUCUGCUACACUGGGAGACUCGCCGGGUUUCCGCGGGAUCAUCGCCUCAUCUCGGCACGGAACCAAGUCCCUCCUUGAAACGGGACUCGUCAGGUACUCAACUACUGCAGCCACCUCCCCCAAAAGAGAGAGCUGAGUACCAGAUUCCGUUGGAACUCCGAACGUUGGUUGUGAAAUACAUGAUCACUUUCAUCACGACCUUGCCCGAGCGGUUCCCUGUCCCCGCAGCGGAGCUGAAGGCCAAAACGAUGCAGAAAGCCCAGCAACAGGCUCUUUCUAACGACCUUGUUAAGAAAGCUGUACAGCUUCUUCGUGAUCUGUUGGCUCCGAAUCUGUGGGCCGAUGUGGACGUUGGGCUCUACGAGAAGCUCCUUGACCCAAUCCUGAGUGGCGAAAAGGCCGACAAGGCCGAUGAGAAACAGCUGACAUGUAUGAUCAAUGCACUACAGGUCAUGCGCAUCUUGUUGAGCACAAAAUCCGAUGACUGGAUCAUCAACCACAUGGAGAAGAUUCAGAAAUUGCUGGACAAGCCGCUCAAGAUGGAGGAACCGGAAAUCCAAGAUUGCCUGCACACGGUCAGUGACGACAGCACGUCUUUACCACUCGUUCGCCGGGUUCUUGAGGCGAUCCCGAAGCAGAGAGCUGAAGACGAGGAUGGCAUGGAACUUGAUGUUGCCCCUUCAGACUUUCCCACCAGAUAUUCCAAAGUGUUGGUCGGAGAAGCGCUCUCAUCUGGUAACUACAUAUCUGGCAUCAACAACCUUUGGACGCUGUCGUUGGUGCGGCCCGCUGACGUCGAUGAUCACGUCAAUGGUGCAAUGAAGGCUUUACAGCAGAAGCUGGCAAAGGAGCAUAUCAAUGCAUAUGUGAUACCUCCUGGGCCGCCCCCGCAAGGUUGGCGUCUGGGUGAACCAUUGAUGGACCCCUAUGAGUUUGCUCUCGGGGUUGACCUGAUCAAGAAGACGAUUGACAUCCUAUCUUCGCGUAUGGCGGAACUCAACGAACAGAGACGGCCUUUCCUGAGCGUCCUUGCUUCACUCGUGGAAAAAUCGUUCAAUGUCGAAUUAUGCAGCAAAGUGCUGGACAUGGUUGAAAAAUGGGUGUUCAACUCUAACGAACCAUGGCCGACCCUUAAGGAGAAAACUGCCGUUCUACACAAGAUGCUCGUCUUUGAGAAAUGGCCGACCCAAACCCUCCUGGAGCGUUUCCUCGAGUUGGUCAUUAAGAUUUACGAGGACCCGACCGUGACACGGACUGAGUUGACUGUGCGCUUGGAGCACGCUUUCCUGAUUGGGACUCGUGCCAAAGACGUCGAGAUGCGGAACAGAUUCAUGAACAUCUUCAAUCGAGCUCUCUCCAAGACCGCCAGUUACCGGCUCAACUAUGUGUUGACCUUGCAGAACUGGGACACCUUGGCGGAUUCGUUCUGGUUGAAGCAAGCGUCGCACCUUAUCAUGGGGUCGGUGGAAAUGUCCAUGCCAGCCCGUCUCCAUCCUGAAGACGUUCGUGUGUGUCCAUUGUCCCAGCUCUUCGGCACAAAUCUUGUCAGCCCGGAGCAACGCAAGGAUGACUUGCUGAUUGAGGACAAUCUCGAGGCUCUCGUGGCCGCGCAGCGGCGCUUCAAUCAAGAGAUUCACGAAGUCAAGGUUCGAGACCUCCUGGACCCUAUUACCCAACUGCAGCAUACGGACGACAAUCUGGCGUACGACGUUUGGGUGAAACUUUUCCCUCUCUGCUGGUCUGCACUAAACAAAGACGAACGGCUCGAUCUCGAGAAAGGAAUGGUCACUUUGUUGACUCGUGAGUAUCACCAGAGACAGCUGAACUUGCGGCCCAACGUCGUGCAAGCAUUACUCGAAGGGGCCGUUCGUGCACGACCGAGAUUCAAGGUACCCCCCCACGUCAUGAAGUUUCUCAGCAGGACAUACGACGCGUGGUACACUGCCCUUGUUUACUUAGAGGAGGCCGCUGUGGACCCUCUAAUUGAUACGGCUCAAGUCCGGGAGAGCAACCUUGACGCUUUGGUGGAAGUUUACGCUGGUCUCCAAGAAGACGACUUGUUCUAUGGCACCUGGCGAAGACGAUGCAAGUUCAUGGAGACCAACGCCGCUUUAUCAUACGAACAGCAUGGUAUGUGGGACAAAGCGCAACAACUCUGGGAGUCGGCACAAGUCAAGGCUAGGACCGGUGUAGUACCCUUUUCUCAGGGAGAAUACUACCUGUGGGAAGAUCACUGGAUGAUCUGCGCCCAAAAGCUUCAACAGUGGGAUAUACUGGGUGAAUUCGCUAAGCACGAGAACUUCAGUGACCUACUCUUGGAAUCCGCCUGGCGCAACUACGAAGCGUGGUCAGGAGAUGAAAAUCGAAACCAGCUGGACUCCAUGAUUAAGUCAGUCUCCGAUGCGCCAACACCUAGACGGACUUUCUUCCAGGCCUUCAUGGCCCUGCUGCGCUACAACUCUAAGCAGGUAUCCCGCGCAGAAUUCCAGCAUGUUUGCGACGAGGCCAUCCAGUUGUCCAUUCGAAAGUGGCAUCAACUUCCGAAGCGGAUCACCAAUGCUCAUAUCCCUAUCCUGCAGAACUUUCAGCAAUUGGUGGAGCUCCAUGACGCGAGUGUGAUUUGUGACAGCCUCAUGGGCACGAACGAGCGAAAUCUAGACAGCAAGUCACAAGAAGUCAAGCUGCUGCUCCAAGCAUGGCGAGAUCGCCUGCCCAACAUUUGGGACGACAUCAACGCCUGGCAAGACCUGGUCACCUGGCGCCAGCACGUCUUCCAACUGGUCAAUUCGACAUAUCUACCACUCAUUCCCCAAGGCGGAAACAAUGUCGGCAGCAACUCGUACGCUUUCCGAGGAUAUCACGAGACGGCAUGGAUUAUCAACAAAUUUGCGCAUGUUGCCCGUAAGCACCAAAUGCCGGAAGUAUGCAUCAGCCAGCUUGGGAAGAUCUAUACUCUGCCCAAUAUUGAGAUCCAAGAAGCUUUCCUCAAACUGAGAGAGCAAGCUAAAUGUCACUACCAGAACAAGGCGGAGCUGAAUAAUGGCUUGGACGUUAUCAAUAACACCAAUCUGAAUUACUUUGGAGCACAACAGAAGGCCGAGUUCUAUACCCUGAAGGGCAUGUUCUUGGCCAAGCUUCAGCACGUGGAAGAAGCAAAUGAAGCUUUCGGAGUUGCACUUUAUUAUGAUCUUCGCUUGCCAAAAGCCUGGGCAGAAUGGGGUCAAUAUUCAGACCGGAAGUUUAAGGAGAAUCCGAACAAUAUCGAGUCUGCCAGCAAUGCAGUGAGCUGCUAUUUGGAGGCUGCGGGGCUUUAUAAGAGCGCCAAGUCCAGAAAGAUGCUCAGUCGUGUGCUCUGGCUGCUCAGCUUGGACGACGAUGAAGGUCACAUUGCGAAAGCGUUCGAGGAUUUCAAGGGCGAGACCCCAGUCUGGUAUUGGACCACAUUCAUUCCACAACUCCUCGGCAGUUUGGAGCACAAAGAAGCGCGUCUGACCAGAACAGUUCUAGUCAAGAUCGCCAAGGCUUUCCCUCAGGCGCUCUUCUACCAUCUGCGGGCCACGAGAGAGGAGUUCCUGACCAAGAAGAAACAGUUGGAAUCGCAGAGACGUCAAGUCAAAGUCCAGCAAGAAAAGGCUGAGGCCAACUCGCGACCUGGCACGGCCAACGGCGCCUCAUCUCCCAAGCCAAAACAAGAACCCAAUGGGGACGCCCAAACUAGUGGCACCGAAGUGGCACCGAAGGAAGAACCGAAAAAGCCAUGGGAUUAUACCGAUGAGAUCAUGUCUGGACUUAAGACGGCCUUCCCAUUGCUCGCUCUAUCCAUGGAGACUAUGACUGAUCAGCUUUCCAAGCACUUCAAAUGCCCGCCUGAUGAAGAUGCUCAUCGACUCAUUGUGGCAUUGUUGAAUGAUGGCUUAGCUUAUAUCAGUAGAGCUCCGUUGACUUACGCGGAAGGUGCCAAACUGCCUCCCUCCACUGAAGCCAACAUUGCCAGGUUUGUGACAUCGGUACUUCCGGCGCACAUUCGGAAGUCUUUUGAGGCCGACUUUGUUCAAACCAGACCGACGAUGUUUGAGUACAUCCACAAAUUGAGGCGUUGGCGGGAUAAGUUCGAACAAAAGCUCGAUCAUAGGCAACAGUGGGCGCCAUUGGAGUCUUACAGUCACCACCUGAGCGAGUUCAAAUUCCUCAAAUUCGAUGACUCGGUCGAGGUUCCUGGACAGUACCAGCAGCACAAAGAUAAAAACACCGAUUUUGUGCGCAUCGAACGGUUCAUGCCUACCGUGGAGCUUGUCCGAGGCAACAGUAUCUGCCAUCGCCGACUGACCAUGCGUGGGCAUGACGGGUCCUUACAUCCGUUCGCUGUCCAACAUCCCACCGGCGGCAAAGUACGACGGGAGGAGCGUAUCGUCCAACUCUUCCGCAUCUUCAAUCAAACAUUGGCCAAGCGGAAAGAGUCUCGACGACGAAAUCUGUAUUUCCACCUGCCCAUCUUUGUGCCCAUUGCCCCUUACAUCCGACUGGUUCAAGACGACUCAUCCUAUGUCACCCUCCAAACGGUCUACGAGGAUUAUGUUCGGAAGACGCCUGGCAUGUCACGCGACGAUCCGAUGCUCUUCAUCCUGGAAAAGUCAAGGGCCAUUGCCGAGCAACAGAAAACCCAGCCACGCACUCCUGAUCAGCUCUCGGUCAUGAAGACGGAGAUUUUCAACACCAUUCAAGAGAGAUGGGUGCCCAAUACCAUUGCUCUGCAAUAUUUCCAGGCCACAUACCCGAGUUUCGCAGACUUCUGGCUUUUCCGUCGACAGUUCGCUUACCAGUUUGCAGCAACCACAUUCAUGACCUACAUCAUGCAUAUGUCGGCGCGUUAUCCGAUGAAGUACUUCAUCUCCCGAGCUACAGGAGAUAUUUGGGCGAGCGACCUCCUUCCUAACUUGAACUCGGCACGUGCAUACUUUUUCAAUCCAGAAGCCGUACCCUUCCGCCUGACUCCUAACAUCCAAACCUUGAUGGGACCAUUGGCCGUCGAGGGUAUUUUCACGGCGUCACUCAUGGCCAUCGCGAGAUGUUUGGCCGAACAGGAUCAAGGGUAUGAGAUGGAGCAGCAGCUUAGCAUCUUCGUCCGUGAUGAGAUGUAUAAUUGGGCUACUAAUCGGUCUCACUCCGCCAACAGCAACGAGCCGAAGAUGGAAGGUCAGCAUUUGCGGGAGCUGGUGGCUCAGAAUGUGGAUUUCAUCGUUCGCCGGGCUUUGACACUCGCUAAGACGCAAGGCAGUGUAGGGACCGGUGCUGAAGGAGGCGUUAAUGGCGUGCUGCCUGCGUGUCAGAACGUGGUCGACCUGGUCAGCCGAGCCACAGACCCGAUGAAGUUGAGUGCCAUGGAUGGACUGUGGAUGCCUUGGCUUUGAUUUGCAAUGAGGAUUUUGUGCUAGGGGAAUGGGAUAACGGAGCGAGAGCGAAGGCGUUUAUGGCGGCUAUUGAUGACGAUGCGAUUGAUGGCUGUUUGGAUGAUGAAUGACCAUACGUGGUAGGCGGGAAAAGCGAUCGGUCUUUGCAGAACUUCUCAACAUCGGCGUUUAUGGCGUUUUUAUUGUUUGAAGGCACCGCCGGCACACAUGUGGGAGUCCCUCAGGCGAGGCAAGGGUGGGCAAGGCGAGGGUGUCUUUGUCUGGCUUUUGCUCGAGGUGUACGAGUAUCAGCAACUACUAGUAGUUAGAUGGGUGGGAUUUGCAUUGCUAUUGAGAUACCUUACUGUAGGUAUUGAGCGAAGCUGCUCACAGCAUGUCUUUGUGAUCAUGUCCAGUCCAGCUCAGCUCCAUUUUCUAGAUAAGAUUCCAACAUUUAUUUUUGUAUAAUGAAAAAUAUCAUUUGCACAUUUAUAUACAGAAA